AUGACAGAUGAGGUGAUCACUUUCAACAAAAAACUGGAAGAAUUGAGAGAAAAUGGGGAGGCUGAUAUCCGAAUCGAUUUGCUGGUUAAUUCUCUGAAUAUCGAAACAAAAUUUCGUAGGCUCUGUCAAAGUGAAACGAUAAACAAGGAUUAUGGCGAAUUGUUUUGUAACCUUGAUUAUUUAGACUGUGUUGGUCUUGAUGUUGGUAUCACUAUGAAGCCAUUCAAUCAGUAUAUAGAACCAUUCGAUGGGCGCAGAGUCAAUGACUUUCUAGGAUGGAUGAAAGACUGCGCGAAAGUUCUCGGUAAAACACGAUCAACACAAUGGGGCAGUGUUUCUUCCAUUUUGUUUGCCAUCUAUGCAAAAAAGGCUAUUUUGGAGUUCAAGCCAAAGGAACUUCCAGGAAUCCUUGAUUACAGUAUGCGAUGUGCAAUGGAGAACGAAAAUUAUCUACUGCCCUUUGAGAUUGUAAGGACAAACGUAUUCAAUCAUGUUAUUCAAUUACAAAGAAUCUUUAAAGAUACCAAAGGAGUAAGUCCUCUCAUUAUUGACACAAUCCUACAAACAUCGAGACAAAUGAUUUUGAGAGAAUUUCCAAACCUUAAAAACAAUGCCAUUGUUCUGUCUUUCUGUUGGGAGUGCGGGCAAGGAAUUCUAAACCGUAUGGUGAUGAUCAUGUCAUACAAAGGAAGUAUAGAAAUAACCGAUAGAAUUCCAAAUGAGAUCAUGGGAUUCAAACUUGUCUUGUAUAAUCUCGCACAUCUGUCUGAUGAAGCAGAGAAUGUCUUCAAAUCAAUUCCAGUUUCAAAGAAAACUCCAUUGCCAACAGUUACAGAAAGUGAAAAACUGUGUAUCAGUCUGUUUUGUUUCCAUAAAGGGUAUAUUCCCUUUGGAGAGGAAAGAUUUCCAAAACAAUUAGGGGAGUUUGAAGUGGAUGUCCAGGAGGGAUACAGUGUUCUUGGAAGUGGUGCAUCUCUAGAAAUUGGCGGAUAUAUUUGCCGUGCAGGGUGUGGAAGUAUUGGGGGAUUUGUGGAUCUCCCCAAUAAUAAAACUGGUCUUAUUACAUGUGCGCAUGUUAUAUUUUCAUCAAAAGAACUAGAAGAAUUGGAAUCGAAUGGAAUUCCUCCAGGCAUUGAAGUAAAAGCCUUUGAUAGGACAGCUCACACAUAUAAAGUGUGUGGAACAUGUGUUGCUGCAGAAUUUCCCAAAUGUUUCCAACAGGCUACAUCCCCACAACCUAAUGUUGAUGCUGCUUUAAUUAAACUUGAUCCAGUGAUAGACACCUUCAGAUUACGCACUGUGUCAUCAGACCAACUGUACUCCACAGGUUUUGACCCAGAUAAUCCCCCUGUAUUUUCGGGAGAAGUUGUACCUCUGUCUGAUCCGGAUCCCAUGCAUAGAAUCUGCCAACGAAUUCCAGACAAAUUAGACAGUGUAGUAAAAUAUGGCGUCGAAACUGGAUUAACCAUUGGCGAUCUUUACCACAGUGGUGUCCAUGUCCGAUUAAUAAGUGAUACUCUGAAACUCCCGGAUAGUUCACGAAGUGCUAUUAUGUGUGAUCAAAUUGAAAUUCAAAACUUUCCUCAGGGACAGUUUUUUGAGUGUGGUGACUCGGGUUCGUUUGUCUUUUGUAUCAAUCCUGAUAAAAUACUCAGCUGUCUCGGGAUGGCAGUUGGACUGUCCCUUCCACAAAAGACCUGUCUAGUGACUCCUAUUGACAGAAUCUUACGCAGUGUGUGUCCUCCUGGUUCUUGUUUAAAACCUUGUAGUUCUUUGUUUGAUCAAAACAGGACCAAUACUCCACCUCAAGCAACGUUAGACAUGAUUCUGGCAGCCAUUGGAAAUUUUCAGACUUCGUUACAGAGUGUUGAAACUAAUUUCCAAGCUUCGUUACAGACUGUUGAAAGGAAUGUGGAGAGAAACUUUCAAACUUCCUUACAGAAUGUUGAAACUAAUUUCCAAGCUUCGCUACAGAAUGCUGAGAGGAAUCUCCAAGCUUCCUUACAGAGUACUGAAACAAAUUUCCAAGCCUCAUUACAGAAUGUACAAACCGAAGUUCGAACUCUACAGAGUCAGGUUCAACAAACUGAAUAUUCCAAAACUCGAACAUCGUCAGAUCAAUCCAAUGCCAAUCAAAAUUAAGAUUAUGUUGAGUUAAACCAUCUGAUUAUACAUUUUUGAACAAUAUUUGCAUUUAAACAAUCUUAGCUCACCUGAGCCAAAGGUUCUAGUGAGCUUUUCUGGUCUAGAUUUGUCCGACGUCAGUAGUUGUCGUCACGGUCGUGAACUUUUCACAUUUUCAUCUCCAGAAACACUGAAUCAAUUUCAAUCAAACUUUGUACAAAUCAUUCUUGAGUAAAGAGAAUUUAAUUUUGUUCAAAUGAAGGGUUUUGUUCCCUUCAAAGGGGAAGUGAUCAAGGAGAGACAAAAAUAGGGUGGGACCAUUUCAAGAAUAUUUGGGCUAGAAACGUGGAAAUUUUCACGAAGACUCCCUGAGAUAGUGAAGAUGCAUGUUUGUUUCCAAAUUCUGUCCCCAGGGAUAGGAUUGUUACACAAUAGAGGGUCAAAUAUUUAUAUUCAGGUAAAUAAUGGGGAAAUUUAAAAGUAAAAUAUCCUCAAGAACCACUGGGCCAGAAAUGUUUACAGUUACAUCGAAACCUCAUGAUAUAUUUUUGAUUUGUAAAUAAGUUUCUCAUAUGUUUCAAAGUUACAGGAAAUGAAAAUCACUUAAGGUAGAGUGUUGCUUUUCUGUAUAAAUAUUUAUUAUGGUAAGACCUUUCAUUUCAUACCAUGUUCUGUGACCUAUGACCUUAACCAGCAGAACAGCAAUGUCAUAUCAAUCGUAUUGGUGUUGAGGUAUCCCAAUGUUGUAUGAAAUCAAAUAAUACUUUGUCGUCACCCUUUGGAGCUAGCCUACACAAUAUGAAGUCAAAUUUUUCAUGGGAAUAAACUGACAAAAUGUCAAACUUACAACAGCUGAACAACAGCAGUGUCAAGGGAAUUGGGUGAGCAUGUGUUGCAAAGGUCUCAUGUCAAAAGUCAGGAAUAUAUGUCAAGGAUUUUAUGCUGUAUAUUAGAUGUAUAAACAGUUCACAUCACUGUGUUAUUGUGCUCAUGUUCAUUAUCAUUAUUAUAAGCAAAAUUCAUUAAAACUUUUUUUAUGUUUUUUUUUUAUCAAAGGAUUAAAAAGUGAAUAUAAAUUUA